CGGGAAGUAGCACCGCUUGAUCCUGUUAGUAAGGUGAACUGUUGAUUUCACUGCAUCAAAUGAGUCAAAACAACUCAUUGACUUCAGUGAUGAUGAGGUGCAGCUCAGGUCAUCACCACGACAAGCAAGAGUGGUUGAAGCAAAACGAAAGUCUGAAAUGGCCAAAUCCAACGGUGCAGUUGUAGAUACUGACAGGAAGCGCUUAUCUGAACCACCCCACUAUUCACGUUCUGAGAAACGAGGCUCUGUAAAGGAACUCAUGUCAAAGUUUGAAUCGGGUGAUGCGCAUGGCACUGCAGACUUAAGUCCCUCAAAAACUUGCCAGCCAAGCCUCUUUACACAGCUCAAGGUUAUGCGGCUCCAGUCACUUAAAAACCCAUCAUCUCCCUCUGCCAAUUACGAUCCAUGGUCCGACCCUAUUCUAGACCAAGAGGAUCAAGAGGAGAUACUGUGCUGCACAGAGGAAAUUUCCAGUGCCAGCACAGUGCCCACAAGUAACACCCUUCAUGAAGAUGUGGGACCAAAACACACAGCUCGGCCUUUAGCUUCACUACCACAGGCCACUAGCACUGCCGCGGACAUUGUUUUGGAUGUUACUGUAACAGAUAGCACAAGACCUUCCACGCUUGAAUUGCGGAAGGUCAACGUACCUACUCAGGCCGUUGAGCCACAGAGAACUGACCCCGUCAUGACCAAGCCUGAAGCAACGCGUAGCACUUCAGUGCCGAUGAUUGAAAGCGACGUAAUGAGUCGUAAGCGCAUCGAGAAAAUAAAAGAAGAGCGCCGGGCUCAACUGCGGGAGAAGCUCAAGUCCGAGGGGUGCCGCUCUCACUCAGACGAGGCAGUCGCAACCAAAACAGAAGUGAAGCUCAGGCGGACUUCGGAAGAUGUCGCACUGUGGAAUGUGGAUGUUGUCCCGCUUCGGCAAGUGAAUCGUGAGAAUGAUAGACACCAGCUGUCCAGUGUCAGGAGCUGGCCAAAGCAGACAACCCCGGGGGACCAGAGGAGACGGGACAGCACAAAGCAAGCCAGCAUUGACGUCGUAGACAAGAAGCCACCACCUGGCAGAACCUCGCCUGUCAAGACGUCUCCCGCUAAGAGUUCACCGACAAAGGCAUCGCCCCUUCAAGUCAUCACCUGUCAAGUCACAACCCACGAGGUCACCGGCCCAGCAAGCAGAAACCAUCAUGCGAAAGCAGGACCUUUCCCCGCCAAAACGGAUUCGCGACAGAGCGGCCAUGUUUGAGUGCCGCAGCCAGAAGGAGCAGGCACGUCCCGUCGCCUCAGCGACUUGCUCGUGCAGAUCUUUCUUCGUUCUAAAAAACUGACCAUCAUUCCAAAGCGCCUGCUGCAUGUUGCUUUUCAGGAGUUUUUUUUAUUUUUUUAUUGGUAUUCACCUUCUAUCGGGUGAAAAAGUACCUUCAUUUAUAGGUUCCCUCAGUGUUUUCGCGAGUGAGUGUGGAGGAGAGUGUUUGGUGCUACUUUGCUGCAGUCUUGUUCUGCAUGUAUAUUGUGGGGCACCGUCUUGUUAUUAUUGUGAGCAUUGACAGCAUUUGGCAAAACAAUUUUCUUUGCUAGAGAGUGGAUGAUGGAAAUGGUGUUGUGCAUGGUCAUUAUUGACGAACAAAAAUUAGGGACCCUUCCAUUGUGCGCAAACCUUUGCUAGUUUUUCGCUAAGUACUUGAACAUCCUACCUGUCUUGCAAACGUAAAACAGCUUCCAUCUGAAAAGCCAAAGUAUGCGUAGUGACAAAAGCAGGGAGUGAGAACUUCCUACUUUUACCUUUAGGGAGUUAGCUUUUUUUAUUUUUAAGGAGUUCAUUUCGUUUUUUUUUUUUUUUACUUUUAUUGAAUGCUGUGUACAUACUUGUUGCUGGUUUUUAUGCUGUAAUAAGAUUUAUAAAUAUAUAUAUAUAUAUAUUAUAGAUAUAUACAUAUGAACAUUAUGAGAAAAAAAUAUAUAUGUAUGUGGCAUCAUCAUAACAAUGUGCUUGUGGCCUGCUUUCUUUUAUAAGCAAUAUUUAUGCAUAAUUCAAAUGCAAAUCAUUGUAGUGUCUUGGGGCGCCAUUGAGUAUGGGAGAGGAAGAGUUCUCCAUUACCGAUAUAUGGGAGCAAAUGCGUACGUUGACAUUGUCAUGCAGUUUGCAUGAACAAGUAAAGUUAAAUAAAAGGCUCUGCAGAUUAGUUUGUAGCAGUGACGAAAA